CGGCCACACACACUUCCGGGUGAGCAAAGUGAGGGCAGAGCUGGCAGUGUGCGGGGCAUGACAGCUUGUACUGCUGGAAGCCACAGAAGGCGCUGGAGGAGGAGGAGGCGAUGUUGGAAGCUGUGACUGGACUUUGCGGUGACAGACUGUGGAGCAGGUGACAUGUGGAGAGCAGGCGAGAAGAGGAGGUAACCCGGAGUGUUGCCUAUGGCCAGAAUUAGCUUUUCCUGCUUGUUUCCUGGGUCCUGGCACUGUAGUCUGCCCUCGGUGACGCAGUUCUCCCGCCAGCGAGUGGUCCUGCUGGUCAUCUUUAUUGUGAUACUGGUGGUCUUCCUGGUAGCGGUGGUAGACCCCAGAAUCUGGACCACCAGAGCCUACCGGGACAGGCAAUUCAGGAGGUACCUGGACCAGAUAGAAGAUUUGGAAGCCACAGAUACCAAGGACACCCAGCUCAACUAUGGCAUUGUGGUGGACUGUGGCAGCAGCGGCUCCCGCGUGUUUGUCUACUUCUGGCCUCCACACAAUGGAAAUCCACAUGACCUGCUGGACAUUAAACAGAUGAGGGAUCACGGCAGCAAGCCUGUGGUGAAGAAGAUAAAACCAGGUAUCUCCACUAUGGCACAGACUCCAGAUAAAGCCAGUGAUUACAUCAACCCACUUUUAAGUUAUGCUGCAUCAUAUAUUCCAAAGUCUAAGCAUAAGGAGACGCCGCUGUACGUCCUGUGUACAGCCGGCAUGAGAGUCCUGCCAGAGAGUCAACAGGCAGCUAUCCUUCAGGAUCUGCUGAAGGACAUUCCUCAGGAUUUUGAUUUUCUGUUCUCUGAGGCCCAUGGUGAGGUUAUCUCUGGAAAACAAGAAGGAGUUUAUGCGUGGAUCAGUAUAAAUUCUGUUCUUGGACGGUUUGACCAUGCCAUAGAUGAUGAAGAUGCUGUGGUUGCUGUGACAAUAGGUACACAGGAGGAAGCCAUCAUCCGUAAGAGAACGGUAGGCAUUAUAGACAUGGGUGGCGGCUCACUCCAGAUUGCCUACGAGGUUCCGAAAACAAUGACGUUCCCAUCUGCAGAGCAUGAGGAAGUAGCCAAACAGAUGUUGGCCGAAUUCAACUUGGGUUGUGAUUUGCAACAUACGGAACAUGUCUACCGGGUCUACGUCACGACCUUUAUGGGCUUCGGAGGGAACUUUGCCCGGCAGCGCUAUGAAGAAAUGGUGUUCAAUGAUACUAUUACAAAAAACAGGAUUUCAAAAGGACAGACAGGCAUGAACUCCAACACUCCAUAUUUGGACCCGUGUUUGCCCAGUGGCCACCAAGACAAGCUCCAACGGCACAACCUGGACUUCCAUAUUGUAGGGAAAGGGGAUUGGGACAGCUGCCGGCAGCUCCUCGAACCACUAUUGUCCAAAUCAAACGAUACUCAGGCCUAUCUGAACGCAGUGUACCAGCCAGCGAUUGACUACUCCAAUAGCGAGUUUUAUGGGUUUUCCGAAUUCUUUUACUGCACAGAGGACGUUCUGCGGAUGGGAGGAAUAUACGACAGUCACAAGUUUUCCAAAGCUGCCAAGGAUUACUGUAGCAUGCCGUGGACGACUUUAACUGAGCGCUUUAAAAAUGGUCUCUACUCCACCCAUGCUGACCUGCACCGCUUGAAGUAUCAGUGUUUUAAGUCUGCCUGGGUGCAUCAAGUUCUCCAUGAGGGCUUUCAUUUUCCGCAUGACUAUCCAAACCUCAGGACCGCCCAGUUGGUGUAUGACAAGGAGGUUCAGUGGACGCUUGGCGCCAUGCUUUACAAGACCCGCUUUCUGCCUCUCAGGGAUCUCCGCCAAGAGAAUGCUCGUCCGGCACAUGUGAGUUGGUAUCGCUUCUCCUUCGUCUAUAACCACUAUUUAUUCUUCGCCUGCAUUCUAGUGGUCCUGCUCUCCAUUAUACUGUAUAUUCUGAGGCUGAGACGCAUACACCGGAGACUGGCGAGGGCCUCUGCCCUGGACUUGCUGCUGCUGGAAGAGGGAGGGCACCUCGUGGCAGACCCUGGCAGUGCCAGAUGAGACCAGGACAAUGUGCGACAUUCUUUCAGACAUUUAGAGCUGCAAGGCAUUUAAUAGGUUUCAACACAUUCCGAUGUUCUCUUUGUAUUGACGCACCUCUAUGGACAUUCCUUUUUAUAGAUACUCUUCUACACCAGACACUAGUAGAGUGCUUGGUAAACAUUGGCUAUUUC